AUGGACGCCCGACCCGCAACUACUUCCACCACGACCGUCACGACCAACCCGCCCAGCGUGGAAAUCGCAUACAAGCGCAAAUGCGCCGCCCUCAAGAAGCGCCUUGCCGAAGUCGAGGCAGAAAAUGAUCUCAUGCGCACCCGCAAUCUUCGAGGAUACCAAUACAUUCAGAAAAUGCGCCUCGAGUCCUGCAUGUUACUGGAACGUCUAGCCAAGGUCACCGGCAUGGCCGACGAGGCGGCAGCAGGUAAAGCCGACCCGGAAUUGCGUGCCCGUGCCACCGCGAUGAUGUCCAAUGCGACGGCUUUGAAUGGCAUUGGUGCUGGUGCUGGUGCACAGGGGGAAGAGGGUGCGGAUUUGGAUGAUGAAACUGAAGGUAGUUCGGAUGAACAACCUCCGACUCCCGAGGAACGUCCACUACGCGUCAAGCGCUCACGAAAAUCCAACCUCCCCGUCGAAGGCGGCGACGCAGAUGAUGCCGCCCAAGAAAACGCUGGAGAAGCAGGUGACGCAGACACGAAGUCCUCUUCUCUACCACGACUUGCUCCAGCUCCAAGUCAAAAAGACCUAACCUCCUCAUUCCGCGUGCGAAAAGGCAGCGGAGCACGAGAGUGCGAGAACGGCGUAGAGGCAGAUGAUCGUGAUGCUGGCUCAGAUGCACAAGCCGGUGAUGCCGCCGAGGACGAAGCUACACCGAUGGAGGUAGACGAUAAAGAGCCGAAGGAGGAGCAAGGGUGA